CACGCCACGCCGCAGAACGGGGCCUCCCGCCCCGCUCCCCAACUUCCCGCCCCGCCGCGCGCCUCGCCAAUCAGGCCGGCGCGCUCGGGAGCCCCGCCGACGGUCGCCCCCCAACAACAGGCCCCCGCACCGCACGCCCCAUCUCCGCCCAACCGCCCCGGUGAUUGACGGGCCGGCCGGGCGGAAGCUGCGGCGCAGGCGCCCUGACUCGGCAGCGCUCCCCUCUUGGCCGGGUCGAGGAGUUCCCAGCAGACACCGCGCCGCGGCUGCGCAGUCCCGGGGAGGCUUUUAAUUCCAUUGUGGAGAGGACGGCGUUAUUUUUAUUAACUGGAGGCGACGGCGGCUGCGGCGGCGGCAGGACCCCCAGGCCUCCUCCGGGGCAUGAAAAUCGGCAGUGGGCUCCUGAGUGGCGGCGGUGGGACCGGCAGUAGCGGUGGUAGCGGCUCCGGCGGCGGCAGCGGCGGCGGCGGCGGCGGCGGCGGCCGGCGAGCGGACAUGGAGCCCACCUUUCCCCAGGGUAUGGUUAUGUUCAACCACCGGCUGCCCCCGGUCACCAGCUUCACCCGGCCGGCCGGCUCGGCCGCCCCUCCCCCGCCGUGCGUGUUGUCCUCCUCUACCUCCGCAGCCCCGGCCGCCGAGCCCCCCCCUCCGCCAGCCCCGGACAUGACUUUCAAGAAGGAGCCGGCGGCGUCCGCCGCGGCCUUCCCCCCGCAGAGGACCUCCUGGGGCUUCUUGCAGUCUCUGGUUAGCAUCAAACAGGAGAAGCCCGCGGACCCCGACGAGCCGCAGCCGCAGUCCCACCACCACCAUCACCACCACCACUACGGGGGGCUGUUCGCUGGGGCCGAAGAGCGCUCGCCGGGCCUCGGAGGCGGGGAAGGGGGGAGCCACGGCGUCAUCCAGGACCUCAGCCUUCUCCACCAGCACGUCCAGCAGCAGCAGCAGCAGCAGCCAGGCCAGCACCACCGCGACGUGUUACUCAGCGGCAGCAGCGGCGGCGGCGGCGGCAGUGGUGGCGGCAGCGGCAGCAGGACUGAAGACCACCAUGGCAGCCAGGAGCCAAAGCAGGACGCGACCGUCAAAAAGGCGAAGAGGCCAAAGCCAGAAUCUCAGGGAAUUAAAGCCAAGAGGAAGCCAAGCGCAUCUUCCAAACCUUCUUUGGUCGGAGAUGGAGAAGGUGCCGUCCUCUGCCCCAGUCAGAAACCUCAUAUCUGUGACCACUGCAGCGCUGCUUUCCGGAGCUCCUAUCACCUGCGGAGACACGUCCUCAUUCACACGGGAGAGAGGCCGUUCCAGUGCAGCCAGUGUAGCAUGGGCUUCAUUCAGAAAUACCUCCUGCAGAGGCACGAGAAAAUCCACAGUCGGGAGAAGCCCUUUGGGUGCGACCAGUGCAGCAUGAAGUUCAUCCAGAAGUACCACAUGGAGAGACACAAGAGGACGCAUAGUGGAGAAAAGCCAUAUAAAUGUGACACCUGCCAACAGUAUUUUUCAAGGACUGAUAGGCUGUUGAAGCACAGGCGCACCUGUGGGGAAGCCAUCGCUAAAGGAGCCGCUGGUGCAGAACCUGGGGCAUCCAACCACAGCGGCGGUGUGGGCAGCCUGGCUGUGUUGUCUCAGGGAAACUCCAGUUCCUCGAGGAGGAAAGCGAAGUCGAAAAGCAUAGCGAUUGAAAACAAGGAACACAAGACUGGGAAGGCCAAUGAGUCGCAAGUUUCCAACAGUAUACACAUGCCGAGUUACACGGUCGAGAUGCCCAGCGUGUCUUCCAGCGGUGGUCUCAUGGGCACCGGCAUAGAUGAGCUGCAGAAGAGGGUGCCAAAGCUGAUCUUCAAGAAAGGCAGCAGGAAGAGUACAGACAAAAACUACCUGAACUUCGUGUCCCCGCUACCAGACCUGGUGGGUCAGAAAGCCCUGUCGGGAAAGCCAGGUGGCUCGCUUGGCGUCGUGUCGAAUAGCAGUGUGGAGAGCAUCGGUCUCCUCCAGGGUGCAGGUGGCAAGCAGGGGCAGAUCAGUAGUAAUUAUGAUGAUGCCAUGCAGUUUUCCAAGAAAAGAAGAUACUUACCAACUGCCAGCAGCAACAGUGCCUUCUCUAUCAACGUGGGCCACAUGGUCUCCCAGCAGUCGGUCAUUCAGGCCGCCGGGGUCAGUGUCUUGGACAAUGAGGCGCCACUGUCACUUAUUGACUCCUCAGCGCUCAAUGCUGAAAUCAAGUCUUGUCACGACAAGUCCGGCAUUCCCGAUGAGGUUCUCCAGAGCAUUUUGGAUCAGUAUUCCAGCAAAUCCGAAAGCCAGAAGGAGGAUCCUUUCGACAUCGCAGAACCGCGAGUGGGUUUGCACACCUCGGGAGAACAUUCGGAACUGGUUCAAGAAGAGAAUUUGAGCCCAAGCACCCAAACUUCUUCAAAUGACAAAGCAAGCAUGUUGCAAGAAUACUCCAAAUACCUCCAGCAGGCUUUUGAGAAAUCCACGAAUGCAGGUUUUACCCUCGGGCACGGUUUCCAGUUUGUCAGUUUGUCCUCACCUCUCCACAACCACACUUUAUUUCCAGAGAAACAGAUAUACACUACGUCUCCUUUGGAGUGUGGUUUCGGCCAGUCUGUUACCUCAGUGUUGCCAUCCUCAUUGCCAAAGCCUCCUUUUGGGAUGUUGUUUGGAUCUCAGCCAGGUCUUUACCUGUCUGCUCUGGAUGCUGCCCAUCAGCAGUUGACCCCUUCCCAGGAGCUGGACGACCUGAUAGAUUCUCAGAAGAAUUUAGAGACUUCAUCAGCCUUCCAGUCCUCAUCUCAGAAACUGACCAGCCAGAAGGAACAACAGAAAAACUUGGAGUCCUCCACGAGCUUUCCGAUCCCAUCUCAGGAGUUAGCUAGCCAGAUCGAUCCUCAGAAAGACAUAGAGCCUAGAACAACGUACCAGAUCGAGAACUUUGCACAAGCGUUCGGUUCUCAGUUUAAGUCGGGCAGCAGGGUGCCAAUGACCUUUGUCACUAACUCUAAUGGAGAAGUGGACCAUAGGGGCAGGACCUCGGUGUCAGAUUUCUCAGGGUAUACAAAUAUGAUGUCUGAUGUGAGUGAGCCAUGUAGUACACGAGUAAAGACGCCCACCAGCCAGAGUUACAGGUAAGGUCCAGCAAGCGGCCAGGCCGGGGGGCCUCGAAUGGAAUUUUGUUUUAUUUUGAGAACACUGCCAUUGGAAUGUUUCUACACGAUCCUAUUAAGAAUAAUGUAAUGCCCUUUCAAUGCAACUUUUCAUAUUCAGUUUAUUUUGUUAGUGUGAUUUUAGCUCUGUUUGUAUUAUGAUUUUUAAUCAAAAUCAAUAGAUUAAAGAUAGUUUGACAUUCAAAGUGACAAUGUUUAGCAAUCAAAUUUACAUGUAUAGGUUGUCAGGGAAUAGCCCAAAAGUUUUAAACGCAAAAACAAAAAACUCUACAAAAAGCUUAAAAGGAAAAACAAACAAAAAAAAUCUUUGUUGCUAGGAUUAAGGUUAUUCUAAUUGCUUUACUCUCAGGAAAGUAAUAACGCAUGGGAACUCUGUACGUUAUCGCUGUAAUGGAAUAUCCACCUUACAGAUAGUGUGAUAUACAUUUCAUCUUUUAAGUAAGGGAUCGAAAACAUUUCAGAUUGCUCUGUCUGGGCCGAAAUGUUAGACAUUUCAUCAUUUAAGUAAGGGAUUUGUAAAAAAACAUUUCAAAUCGCUGUCUCCAUCUGGGCUGAUCCAAAGUUCUGAGAUUGUUGGCUACCUAUAUUUUGUUGCAGCUUUGAAAUGUACUCUGAACUUCCAAACCACAUUCAUUCCAGCCUGGUAGAACAAAUAUUCUUGGAUCUUUGAUCAAAGCCUGGAAUGAUAGCUUUAAUAAGAGAAGGAAAAAAAAAAAGCACCCUGUGUUGACGCUAACUGUAACAAGGCUGUAAUUCCAUGAAGUGAUUCUACUGCUUCGAGGGCAGGGCGGUUGGUUCCAGUGGUAGCUCCAGAGUUGGAAUCACAUAGGAUGCCGAGAUGUGGGUCUGCAUUAUUUAUUAUACGUGGCCUGAGAUGUUCUCUUCUCUGUGCUGUUACCUGUCCACCCUUACGUCUGCUGGUGUUCUCGUUCCUGAACUCCCCUCCUAAGAGUUCUGGACCUUCCCUCUCCCCACUUCUCCCUGUCUGGACAGUUUCAGUUUUAAAAUGACUUACAUUCCAAUAGAUAAUCGAUUAUGCCUUUUACAUAUGCCUCAUGGCAUCCAAAUACUAAACAAAUAGAAUAAGCAUCCCUAAAGCACCCACCUUUUUUGUGUGUGUCUUACAAAAAGCCGCAUGCUGAUUUCCGUGUGUAGUAGAGCCCUAUGUACUUGGAGCUACAGGUACUAAGAAGAUUGCAAUCCCAGCUGGUAAUGUAGCUCAUGUGAGGGAUGAAUGUAGUAAUGACAUCAGAACGACAUCUUUGUGUGUACUGGUGACAUCAGAACCUCUUUGUGAAAUUGCAGCCUUGAACGUCCAUGGGGAAAGGGUGCGUCAGUCAGUAUUGUACAGGGAUCUUGUCAAGUCAUCAGAACUCACUGCGAACGCUUAUUGCCAUUGGAAGCUACUGAUAGGCAGUGGCUCUGCUCUAAACCACUUUUUAGCAAUUGUAUUUUUCUUGAUUAUAUAUUUUUAAUGUACUUUGAUGUUUAUGCUGAUGAGUUUUUUAUGUACUUUUGGUGAUGUUUCAGUCUUAUGUACUCUUCUGACGUCAGAAAAGUGCCACUGGUUGUUUGCAGUCUUAUUGUGUAAUCAGCCUACCACAGGCUUCCAUGUAUAAUAAAGUAAUUAAUAUUGUGCAAGUGUAAAACACUUCUGUUAUAAAAGCAGUGUUUGGAAAAUAAGAAAUUAUUAAAAAAAUGGUUACAAAAUAUUAGUUAAUUUCCUUUCCCCACUUUCUUCCCUUUAGCUUUAACAGCUGAAGGAUCUUUGCAAGAUUCUUAGAAAAUGUGUUUAAUCCUCUUAAAUACCACUCAGUACUAAAAGUCUGUAUGAUUUUGGUAAGUGUGGUAAGUUCUGUUGGGUACAGAGUACAAAGGAUGGAGAGGACCUUUUCCACUGUAUCUCUAAGCUGUAUGAUUUUUCUCCAGUUUUUUGUUUCAUAAAAGUUUUGAAUUUCUUUAACUUUUAUUGUGUGUACUGAAUACUGCAUAUGUAUUAUUCUGAUUGUUUGCUCUAGUUUACUACCAAUAAAAGUCCUGUUAAUCACAAAA